GUACAUGGUUUUACGUGCGCGGGACUGGUUUUCUACAUGACGACAAGGGACAUAACUCCACGAACCGAGUUACUCCUGUGGUACGGAGAUGCAUAUGGGAAUUAUCUGCAUUUGAAAAGAAUUCAUCCAGAAAAGGACAUGGGAAACAACGUCAAGAUAAGAGUUAAUGUCAUUACCAAAAAAUCGGACAAAAUGUUCUAUGAAGAUGGCACUCCUAUGAACUACACCCGCUGGGUUCCUGGAUCCACCCGGGGACUUCCUGAUGGUGUUUUUGGUUUAUCAUUGGUUCAUAAAGAAAUUGAAUGGAAAUGGCAUCCCGAGAAAAACUAUUCUUAUUUCACAGGACCAGAGGGUCUUAAACUCCCAUUUAUAUGUGAGCAAAUGUACAAAAUGUAGCUAGUAUAAUAUUAACUCUAUUUCCCUAUACCCAGUGGUUACAAUUAUCUGCUAUGCAGAUCCCUGCUUAGUC